AUGUCAGUUUCACAACAAGCCGCCAAAAAGGUCAAUUUUGCUGGACUUAUUAAAAGUUUGGGUUUAACUGGUGAAACAGCAGCUUCAUUGACUGCUUUCAAAAAAAGAUACGAUGAAGCUAAGAAAAACUACAUAGAUUUAUCAAGUCAACCAACUGAAGUAGAUUUCAAUCAUUAUAGAUCAAUUUUGAAAAAUACAAAAGUCAUUGAUGAAGUUGAAAAAGCAGUUCAAGGAUUUAAACCAAUUUCAGUUGAUUUAUCAAAAAAUUUAAAAAAUAUUGAUAUUUUUGAACAAAAAGCUGUUGAAAAUGCUCAAUUAACUGAAAAAUCAGUUUCAAAAGAAAUUGCUGAAUUAAAAGCUACAUUAAAAGAUAUUGAAAGUUCAAGACCAUUUGAUCAAUUAACUGUUGAUGAUGUUGCUGCUGCAAGACCAGAUUUAGAUGAAAAAGUUACUUAUAUGGUUAAACGUGGUAAAUGGAAUGUACCAAACAGUGACGCUUUCCCUAACUUGAGUGUUAUGUAG